AUCCAGUAUCAAAUAAUUUUUACACAUGAAAUAUAAAAGAAAUGAAAAUUUUACAUAAAACCAUAGUAGCCGUCCUGAAAGUAAAAAUGGCAACAAUGCAAGAGCCCGGCUUCCAUAUAUCUAACCAUAGCCAACUCUAGAGUCAGCUCUGUUUCUCUAACUAAAAAUAGGUUUCCAGAUGCGGUAUUGCCACGUUUUUCAGCAGUUCUAGUACCUACUAGAGUCAGCUGUGAUAAAACUAUUAGCUGCACUGAUUGACUUUAAUUCAAUUGGUUAAUUUCAAACGUAAUAUUUAGAAAUGGCCGCCAAAUACCGGUUUUCUGCAAAACGAUAUUUAUUAUUUCCAACUUUAUAAGUGUGUCUAUGUAUGUUAAAAGAACGCGUGUGCUUUAUAUUUUUGGAAUGUACAAAUAAGAAUCAUUUAUUGUACAUGCCCACAUGUAUACAUAAUUAUAUUUCACAUAAUGGACAAAUACCAACACAUAAGAACAUUCAUAUCAGCGGUUUUAGAAUAUACUAAACAUCCAAGUGAAACAACCGCUUCAAUUUUACAACGAAAUCUUGGGGUAAUAAGUACAUCAUUGGAUUUAAGCAUUUUUGACCCUGGAACUAACAUAGCAGCAGAGUUCUAUGUUAGUUUGCAUGAGCUGAUGAAUUCUUUAGCUUCCAGAACUACUUUGAUUUGGAGUGCUGUGGAUGUUUUACAAAAUGCUUGUCGCAAUGCUGCUGCAAGACAAGCUCUCAUCCAUACAUUUAAAUUUGCACCUAUACUGGCAAGAUUAUUGGAAGCAAAUUUAACAAGCGAAAAGAGAAUACGAGUAUUAAAACUACUACAAGAAUUGACAUAUGGAAUAAAAAUUUAUUGGCAAGAAGCUCAUUUACCAUAUCUGGUGUCAGUAUUAACACAAUGGGUGACACAAUCUAGGGAAGAAAACAUUAUUGCACUUUCCUUAGGUGUACUAGUAAAUCUCUGUUACAAAAAUCUUCCAGCUGUAUAUAUAUUAAUAAGAACGAUUGAUACAAAAGCAUUCAUAAGAACCUUAUUAAAAAUACAACAUUAUAGUGUUAAUACCAAAGUACAAUGCUGUAAGCUUUUGAUUAUAUUAGAACAUACAAAUACAAAUAUUUCGGAAAAAUCUAUUUGGGAUUUUGCUGAUGUCACAUUCAGCAGUUUUAUUACAGCAAUGAAACAAAAGGAUGUUCUGUUACUGAGACACAUCAUAGAUUUCUUUGACUAUGUUGGACAAAAUGAAUAUUCCCAUGCUGUGUUGUUAACAUAUCCACAUUAUGGCAGAGGUGUGGAAAAUAUACUGGCUACAUUAGAAGAUAAUGCAGAUCCAGAAUGUGUUGCUCUCAUGAUGGAAUUUUUGUCAUUUCUAGUAAAAUUAAAAUUAUCUGCUUUGGUGUCUUUAUAUCCUUUAUGUGUAAAAACUGCAAUGACUUGGGUUCCUGUAGAACAGGUGUGCUCCAGAGCAUUAACUUUAAUAAGAGUUACAGUAAUUGAUGCACGACGUACUAAAUCGUCAUCUGAAGUGUUAGCAGAAUUAGAUGCUUCAGUUUUAAUGCUCAUAAUAAAUUCAGAAAAUGACGAAAUUCAAGGAAAAUGUGAAUUAACAUUAGAAACAGAAACGAAAUUGGCAGAAUUAAUGCAAUUAUUUCAAGAAAUGGUUAAAACAUCUACACUCAGAACAAAAGUGAUGCAAUCCUUGAAUGAACAAAUGAUACGAAAAUUAUUAAGUCCAAUGUUAGAUUCUGAAACAUGUGCAGCUGAUAAUUGGCCAGGGAAUUUUAUUCAAAAUCCCACUACAAAUUUAUGUAUUCAUGCAUUAGCUUUGACUGCUGAUUUAGCUGCUGAUAAUUCGCAAUGGUUAACUUUAUAUUCUGAGUUACUUAGAAAGAAACAAAUUCAAAUGACAAUGGCAAAUGCAUUGUUCACUGGUGAUACAGACAUUAAACAAAAGGUUCUACAAUUGACAUCCACCAUGGGAUUUCCUCAAGAAUGUGUUUCCGCGGUGGCGCUUUGUAUGAAGCAACUGGAGCCUUUAAUAUUGGUACAAAGUACUCAUGGUAUGGUAACAAAUAUUGGAAGUAAAAUGUCCGUAAAUGCAAGUAGUGAAAUGGUUCCACUGUUUUCUUUCGUGCAAGAAGAACGGCUUGAUGCAUUUUUAGCAAAAUUGGAAAGAACUUAUGAGUCAAAUCAAAUCAAUGAUAUUACCACAUCAGCAGUAAUGGAAUUGUAUGAAUACAAGUUAGCAGCUAUGAGACAUGCAGAACGGGCUAUGCAAUCUAGUUUAGAAGCAGCAAACAAUCAUGGAACCAGUUUGCAACAUAGACUGGCACAAGUAGUAGCAGAAUCAAGCCGUUUACAUCAAAUGUUGUUUGACACACAGCAAUGCUUAGAGGAAGUGAAGUCUACAUUGACUGUAAAGCUUGCUGAAGCAGAAGAACAGAAUAAAAAAAUAGUAGCUAUUAAAACACAGGAAAUCGAAGGUUUAGAAAAGAUAGUAACGGAAAAGACUGCUAACAUUGAUCAUUUAAAUAUAGUACUUGUGCAACAUAAGCAUGAAUUAGAAAGUACUUUAAAUAGAAUUGAAACAUUAACUAAAAAAAUAAAAGAGUUAGAAAUUGAAUGUGUGACUGCAGAUGCAAAAACCAUGGAAAUGGCUAAUAAGAAUCACGAACUUAGUAAAUUGCUUCUUAAAAGGCAGGAUCAGUUAAAUAAAAAGGAUCAGGUAAUAGAAUCAAAAAUUGCGGAAAUUCAGUCUAAUCAAAAAGAUAUAUCUGCACUCAAACAAGAAACUCAACAAUUAUCAGAAUUAGUACAUACAUAUGAAAAGAGCAUUGCUGAAAAAGAGGAAAUAAUUAAGAAGAUGAAAGCAGAAUUGAUGGAUUUAAGUCGGAUGCGUGACAUGAUUUUCGAACUUACUGCCAAAAAAAAGGAAGACCUAAACACAAGCUAAUAUUAUAUUUUUGUCGCAAAAUUUAUUUUCAAAUUAUCAAAACAAUUUGAUAGGAAUUUUUAAAGAAAUAUUUCUUAUUGAUACCAUUUUCUUAUAUUUUUAAUAUAAGUAAUAGAAAAAUAAAUUUCGUUAAUUUCUAAAACAUUUAUCGAUCAUCUCAAAAUGUCGUGUUCUAUUUUUGUCAUAUUUAUAGACACUAAAUACGCCUUAUUUUAGGAAAGGAAAUUUAUUGGCAAAUUUUGUCUACUUUCUGACGUUCGGAUCUUUCAAACAAAAGUUAGCAUAUGGUUGAAAAGCUGUUCUCCGUUUUUCUUUGUAGUCUAUACUGUGAUGUAAAAUGGUAGUUUUCCAAAUUUAGCGAUUAUAUAGUUUGUUAGCAGUAAAAGUUGAAGAAAAUAGAAAAAGUGGGGAAAGUGUGA